CACUCCAGUAAUCUAGGAAUACAAAGAGAGAGAAAAUAGAGAAAGAUAAAGAAAAAGAGAGAAACACAAUGGGGUGGUGUCCAUAUACAUUUCCGAUAGUUUGUAUGUUUUUGAUAGUAUCAGUCAUGGGUGUGGUAAGAAAUCCUGCUGCAACUGUUGAUAUUAACGUAAUCAAUGGCCACCACCACCAUAAUUAUAAAGAAGCAUUGACGAAGAGUAUAUUGUUCUUUGAAGGACAACGUUCAGGAAAAUUACCAUCAACUCAAAGAAUGAAAUGGAGGAAGGAUUCUGCUGUUAAUGAUGGCCAAUAUGCUGGUGUUGAUCUAUCUGGAGGGUAUUACGAUGCAGGCGACAACGUAAAGUAUAAUUUUCCCAUGUCAUUCACAACAUCACUGUUAUCAUGGAGUGUGAUAGAAUUCGGAAAAUUCAUGGGUUCUGAUUUACGCUAUGCUAAAGAAGCAAUUAAAUGGGCAACUGACUACUUGCUCAAAUCAACGGAAACACCUGGUGUGGUUUAUGCUCAGAUCGGAGACGCUAACAUUGACCAUAGCUGUUGGGAAAGGCCCGAGGAUAUGGACACUGAUCGAACCGCUUUUGUUGUUAACCAAACCCAUCCCGGCUCUGAUGUAUCGGCUGAGAUUGCUGCUGCUCUUGCAGCUUCUUCCAUUGUCUUCAGAUCUUCAAACAGGUCAUAUUCCCACAUACUCUUAAGGAGGGCUAAACAGGUUCUUGAAUUUGCUGACACGUACCGAGGAUCUUACAACGAUAGUCUUGGGAAAUAUGUUGGCCCUCAUUACUGCGAUUAUGGAGGUUAUAAGGAUGAAUUGUUAUGGGCUGCUUCAUGGUUAUACAAGGCUUCAAAUGAGAGGAGGUAUUUCGACUAUGUUAUGAGGAAUAAACCUAACACUACAGAGAUCGUGAUUAACUGGGAUGAUAAGGGCGCUGGUACGAACAUGCUUAUGUCCGAAUCGAUGAGGAAGGGUAAUGGAAUACGGGAUGAGCAUACUAAGGAAUCUUUCAGAAUUAAAGCCGACGAAUUUGUUUGCUCUAUCGUACCUGAAUCACCAAGUAAAACAGUCGAAUACUCGCCGGGUGGUUUACUAUUUAAAUUAGGAGGAUGCAACUUGCAGAAUCCAACAGCAAUAUCACUUUUGUUGCUUGCAUAUGCUCGCUAUUUGAAUGAAGCAGACGAAUCUGUACGCUGUGGCAAUACUAUUAUUGCUCCGUUGAGAUUGAUUAGCCUUGUUAAGAGCCAGGUGGAUUAUAUACUGGGACACAAUCCGAUGAACAUGUCUUACAUGGUAGGAUAUGGUAAGAAGUAUCCAAAAUUUAUACACCACAGAGGAUCAACAUUGCCAUCCAUGGAUGAACAUCCGGGAAGACUAAAAUGCCAAGAUGGAAGUCGUUAUUUCAAAAGUUCAAAACCCAAUCCUAAUGUGCUGGUAGGAGCUAUAGUUGGAGGACCAGCUCUAAAUGAUUCAUACCCGGAUACUCGUUGGUUACCUUAUUAUUCAGAACCAACAACUUAUGUGAAUGCACCUUUUGUUGGUGUUUUGGCUUACUUUGUGCACCAUCACUGA